AUGGAUUACAAUAGUACUGGUGGAAUGAGGAGUCCGUUCUCUCCACGGGUGAGGCAAUCGUUAUCUGGAAGACGAGCCCUUGGAUUAUCAACAGCUAAAAAGAAUCAGAGCAAAUAUGACCGAACAUCGCAACAGCAAAUGGGUGACGUGAUUUAUCAGACAACACAUAGCACAAUAGAGACCUAUGGAAUGCCCCUCCCAGUAAUGGUUACUGAAGCUCUUACAUUUGGCAGUGGUGAUGUGAGUGUAGGCAUGUCACCAUCUGGUUGGUGCUGGGUUGUAGCUGGGCGUAGGGUUCUGGCCUGGCCUCAGGAGCUGACAGGUUCAUCAGGGCCAGUAGCUGCUCGUGAGCUCAUUUUACCCCAGACUGACUUGGCACACAAAGCUGACCUUGUUUUUAUCUUCUAUGAAAAUGAUGUACAGACUGUACCUUCCUGUGUUGGGGUUUCACCUGAAGGAAUUGUUCGUUACUGGUCAUCAGUGGGGCAAGAGGGUGCAUACAGUGAAGUUAGCUGUGAACUGGCAGGGCAAGAAUGUGAUCGAUUAGUAUCAAGAGUAGAUGACACCGGUACCACCUUGGGAUCAUUGCUUCUUGCAACUACUACUUGUACUUUAGUCAAGAUAUCUACUAAUAGAGAGGGUAGAACAACAGUGAGCUGUACCACUCUUAGGCCCCCAAGUGGCUGGCUUGGUGGUAUUGGAAGACGUGUCUCACUACUAUUUUUUGGCUCAAUGCCAGCUCAUGCUGAUACAAAGUUAGUUGGUGUGGUCAUUCUUCCAAACUUGCCUCCAACUACUGAUGAAGAGGAGAGUGAUAGUGAUGAACUAAUAUGCCUGGUAGCAGGUGGACCACUUCUUCAGAUGUGGUGUGGAUCCGAUGUGCAUGAGCAUCAUUUACGUCGACCAUUACUGGAUGCAGCAGCUCGGGCCCAUUUGGCUCCACAUGGUGAGCCAAGUACUAUGGAGGUAACAGCGUUGGAUGUGCAGGCGGCAGGUGAUCAUACUUUACUACUUUUGGCAACCAUAUCUGCGGUCACACCGGCUCGACCUGCAGAUACUAGAUAUGCUCUAGCCCAAAUAAGAGUGGAAAAUCCUGAGUCACCACAAGUGGUGAGUAUAUGCGCAGUUGGAGCCGGGCGACAGGAAGAAGGAUCUCCGCGUUGUCUGCCACUUGGUCUACGCGCGCUUCUCUAUACGUCGACCGCACUUGCGAUCGUGCCCGCAGAUACUUCAGUGGCCAACGAGAAGCCGGAACACGUAGAUGUGUCCGCGGAAGGCGACCGAGUGUUGGGCGCGGGAAGGGGCGGGAACGGGGCUUUGUUGGUUACUCGCAAGCACGGACUACUACGCCUCACCAUGGCGCUUUCAACCCAUCAUGAGACCCAUCAAUCUUUUACUAGCAGCCCAAUGGGUUCUCCCUCUCCAUCUGACAUAUUCGACGGAAACCUUACGCUCUAUGAGAUUGAUCCACAUGAGAUUGGUAUAACAACGUCGGAUGCAUGUGGCAAGCUCAAAGCCGCCUUCUUAUUCCAUCUACGACGCGAUGCAAAUGCGGGCAAAAUUCUGGCUGAACUAUUCCCUUCGCGUGGGGCCACGCCCAGUGACGUAGACGCGCCUCUUGAUAGAACUGUCAUCGCGGUCGCUUCAGAAAUGUUGGAUGAUGUCCCUGCUGGAGAUCCUAGAUGGCGCAUCCUUACGGGUAGCAGCCGUGUGUCGCUGGGUUCGUCGGGCGCGCUCCAAGCGUCCGGUCAGCUGCGAGAUAAGCACCGUGCUCUUACACUUUAUAUAGAUUUCUUGCACGCCGCUGGCCUUUGGCACCGUCUUGGAUACGUCAGCAAAGAGAGUGGAUGCGGAUGUGUGCGUAGCGUACGCGUGUUAUGUACGUUGGCGGAACGUCUCGCGGCCGCGCGUGCCUUGCAAAGGCUUCACAGUGCCGGGGCCACGCUCGUCGAUGCCGCCAUGCAACAGGUUUCGUCAGACUGCGACGCAGAAGAAGAGCCGGAAGUAUGUGCGGCGCUAAGUGCGGGCGCACUCACGGCCGCUGAUGUAGUUCUACGCCGCGUGACGCGCGUGAUGCGUGCGGUGAACGUGUUGGCCCGUUUGCCAGCGCCCGCGGUCGACGCGAAUGCGGCCGCAGCACAUGCGCAUCACGCAUUGCGUGCUAUAACGACGAUACUUAACGAAAUGCACAAAGUCCGGAGCCAAUGGACGAGCUGGUGCGAGGGAGAGACCGAUUGCGAGCCUUGCGCUGAUCUGUCUCUUCUGGUGCGGUACCAUACUACAGCUGUCACCGAAUCUGCACACAAUUGCCAAGACGCCAGUUCGCGCGCGCAGGUUCUGGAGGCAUCGGCCGUACUAGCCGACUUAUUACUAAUGGAUGCGCAGACGCUGCCUGAACACACCUAUCACCGUUUGCGAAAGGAUCUUAUUCGGCCAUAUAUUGCGGAAGGCGAAGUGGAUCGCGCUGCGGCAUUGGCCGAAAAGUUCAAAGCGUGGGAGUUAUUGGUGGAAAUGUGUAUUCGUAAACCCGACUCUGAAAGAUUGUACAACUACGUCGACAAGUAUGAACACGAGGGUAUAGCAGAGACCGCCUUUGCCUAUCUAGCAUCGGGUUCUGGGCCUGAUAGGGCUCAAUUGCUUCGGGGAUUAGGCGAGCGUCGUCCAGGUCGUCUUGCCCGAUGGUUGGCCGCAGCGCCCCAAAGACGGGAACUGCUUGCCGUUCACCAAUUAGCUCGAGCCCCGUUAAGUGAUGCUGCGAUCACACUACUGCAGAUGGCUAAGGAUGAGCGGGAUUCAGUUAAUAGGAUGGUGACAAUGGCAUCUCUAGCAAAGCUGUGUCUUGUGGCCAGUGACGAAAGCAAGGGCCAAUUGCGUGACAAAUUUCAACAGUCGGAAACGGUGUUAAGUUUGGGAGCCCAACAUCGCGCCUUGCCCAGAGAUAUACGACUCCACUAUGGCUUAGGAGAACACGAUAUGAAGAUAUCUGACCCGGAAGAGUUGGUGCAGAUGUAUAUUGAUGCGGAGAGCACAUCGCUAACAGAGUACGACUACAAAAAGGCCCUCGAUCUCACUGAUUUUGUGGAAGACCCAGAACUACGAGAAGAGCUUAGAUUGAAGGUAUGGUGCGCGUCAAUCAUUCGCGAGGACUGGUCGCACGUCAGCGUAGAAGACCCGCAACAUGCCGUACAAGAGACUCUUUUCUAUCGACUGAUAGACCUUCUUAAUAUAAUGGGCGCCGACGUCGAGAGUUUACUUCCCCCGUUGGAGAUGAUAUUGGAGCAGAAAGAAGUAUCUCGAUUGACUGAAGACCCGCGUCUACACUAUCUCUUAAAGUAUACGUACGCCUGUCUCACUCAUCACGAUACCGACCAAAGUAUGGACCAGUAG